CAGGAGUACAUCCUGCAAACAUGUCUUGGGAAGUGCUGCCAGUGGAGGUACCAGGAGCAGAUACUGAAAACAUGUCUCUAGAACCACUGCCCACAGAGGUGCCAGGAGUAAAUCCUGAAAACAUGUCUCUAGAGCCGCUGCCCACGGAGGUGCCAGGAGUAGAGCCUGAAAAUAUAUCUCUGGAAUUGCUGCCCGUGGAGGUGCCAGGAGUAGAUCCUGAAAACAUGUCUAAAGGGUCCCUGCCCAUGGAGGAGCCAGGACUGUAUCCUGACAACAUGUCUAAAGGAUUCUUGACCAUGGAGGAGCCAGGACUGUAUCCUGAAAACAUGUCUAAAGGAUUCUUGACCAUGGAGGAGCCAGGACUAUAUCCUGAAAACACAUUUAAAGGCUUCCAGCCCCUGGAGGAGCCAGGACUAUAUCCUGAAAACAUGUCUAAAGGAUUCCUGCCCAUGGAGGAGCCAGAAGUAUAUUCUGCAAAUAUGUCUCAAGAAUUGCAGCCCAUGGAGUUGCCAGAAGAACUCUUUUACAUGAAAGGGAAGACCAUGAUACCAUCAAAUGCACUAGGGGAUGGAAACUCAGGCCUUGGUUCCUUGGGAGAUGGUGAAUGGCAGAGAAGGAAAGAGGACGGUACUGGGACAGACCAAGGUGAUUUCAAGGUAGAAUCCUCUCCUUGCUACCUGCUGACCGUAAGGAUCAUCCGCAUGAGAAAUCUGCAGAGAGUGGAUGCCUUAAGCCAGGCUGAUUGCUACGUGUCCUUGUGGCUGCCGACUGCGACGUGUGAAAGGUCACGCACUAAAACCGUGAGAAACUCUGACAAUCCGGUGUGGAAUGAAACCUUCUACUUCAGAAUCCAGAGUCAGGUCAAGAAUGUGCUGGAGCUCACGGUGUAUGAUGAGGAUUUUGCUACUCCAGAUGACCAUCUCCUCUGUGCACUCUUUGAUACUGCUAAACUUCCACUUGAAAGAACAGUGGUCCUGUACUUCAAGCCUAGCCCAAAUGCCAAGGAGGAACUAGAAGUUGAAUUCAAAUUGGAGGUUGCAUCUGGUCCUCAUGAAAUGAUUGCUAGCAAUGGAGUGCUGGUGUGUCGUGAACUUUGCUGCUUGGAAGUUGAAGUGGCAGAGAAGACAAAGCAAAAAUCAAAGAAGGAGCUUUCCCUGACUGUGAAGGGCUCCUUUGAGGGGACACAGGAUAUCGUGCUGGGCCCCAACGGAGUGGUCAGCCCAGCGUGUCCCACCGAGUUCCACUACAUCAAGUACGCGGAGCCAACGCUGGACGUCAUGCUGCCAAAGAAGAGGCGCUACCACCCUUGGUCCUGUAGGUACAGCACAGAGACAGGCUCCCCAGUGGUGAUGCUGAACUCGCUGCCCAUGGGAAGGAAAACAACCAUUGCAGAGGAGAAAAGAUUUGACUUGAAUGUGACAGCAAAAACUUGUAAUUGUUCAUGCCACCAAGACCUGGACAUGCGCUUUGGGUUUAACUUAUGUUCUGAAGAGAUGGCUUUCCUGGGCAAAAGAAAGAGAUAUGUAGCAAGUGCUCUCAAAAAUGUUUUUCACCUACCACAUGAUCUGCAGGAUCAAGAAGUGCCCGUCGUGGCUAUCAUCACCACAGGCGGAGGACUGAAGUCAAUGACAGGCUUGUACGGCAGCCUCAUGGGACUCAAGAAGUUGAAUCUCCUGGACUGUAUAACAUACAUCAGCGGGCUGUCCGGCACCACCUGGACCAUGGCCAACUUAUACAGAGAUGCCUACUGGUCACAGAAGGACCUGGACUCACACAUUGGUGAAGCCCAAAAACAAGCAACAAAAUGCAAGAUGGGCUGUUUCUCGAUGGAUCGCAUGAAGUACUACAACAAGCAGCUUUGCCAGCGGAAAGAAGAGGGAUACAGGACAUCAUUUAUAGAUCUUUGGGGUCUCAUGAUUGAGUACUUACUAAAUGAUGGGAAAGACCCCCACAAGCUCUCAGAUCAGCAAGAAGCACUGUGUGAUGGCCAGAACCCACUGCCCAUCUAUGUGUCAGUCUGCGUCCGGGACAGUUACAGCACCAAUGAUUUCAAAGAGUGGGUGGAGUUCACUCCCUACGAGGUGGGACUGCUGAAGUACGGCGCGUUUGUUCGCACGGAGCACUUCGGAAGCGAGUUCUUCAUGGGCCGCAUGUUAAAAAAGCUCCCCGAGUCCCGCAUCUGCUACCUUCAAGGUAUGUGGAGCAGUAUAUUUUCUGUGAACCUUUUGCAAAUAUGGGGACUGUCCCACAGUUCAGAGGACUUCUGGAAGAGAUGGACACAAGACAGAAUUGAUGAAGUUGAUGAAGACCCGGUGCUGCCCACAAGACCCCACGAGCUGAGGACCCGCAUGUACACCCCCCCUGGCCCCCUGUCCAGCGCCCUUCGGGGAGCGCUGACCGACCGCUUCUCCGUGGCCCAGCACCACAACUUCCUCAAGGGCUACCAGCUGCAUAACAACUACAUGGAGAACGAGCACUUCUGUCGCUGGAAAGACACUGUGUUAGACUCACGUCCCAACCAGCUGAUGCAAAAUCCUGAUCAGCUGGGCAUGAUAGAUGCUGGAUUUUUCAUCAAUACCAGCAGUGCACCACUUUUAAGGCCACAGAGGGAAGUGGAUGUCAUCAUCUAUCUAAGUUAUACUACUGGAUCACAUACCUCGUCUCUAGAUAAGGCAUGUAAAUACUACUCAGAGCAGAAAAUCCCAUUCCCAACAAUUUCUUUGACUGAUGAAGAUAAGAAAAAUCUGAAGGAGUGCUACAUCUUCCAAGAUUCAGAUUUGCCAGGAUGUCCGAUUGUGAUUUUUCUUCCCCUUGUGAAUGAUACCUUCCAAGAGUACAAAGCACCUGGUGUCAAGCGCUGUUGCUCAGAGAUGGAGGAAGGCCAGCUGGAUUUGACCAGCUCCUGUUCCCCCUACUGCAUGUUCUCGGUCAGAUACACCGAUGACAACUACCGCAAGCUGCUGAAUCUCAGCGAGUACAACAUCCUCAACAACUCCCAGAUGAUUAUGCAGGCCUUGCAGACAGCGAUGCAAAGGAGAAGGCAGAAGAUGUGCUGAUUUUGCUCACCUGCACCUGGGACAUUUGAACCAUUGGUGUCUGUGGAAGCUGGGAGAUGUGAGAUUGCAUUGCCACAGAUAACACUGGACGUGUGUGUGAACGCGACCAGAAUGGACCAAGAUGGCAUUUUGUCUCAGGAGCUAAUGACUCAAACCUCUCAGCAAGGAGACGGAGCUAUGCAGCUGAAUCCUGAUGGGAAGCAGUGGACUUCUCUUACAAAGAUAGAAUCCUCUCCGUGUUACUUACUGACUGUAAGAGUCAUAAGAGCAAGAAAUAUCCACCAGGCAGAUGUCUUGAGCCAAACUGAUUGCUACGUGAGCCUGUGGCUGCCAACUGCUUCAAACGACAAAUUUCAGACUAAAGCUGUCAAGAAUUGCAAAGAUCCAAUCUGGAAUGAAACCUUCUAUUUCAGGAUCCAGAGUCAGGUCAAGAAUGUGCUGGAGCUGGCACUCUAUGAUAAGGACGUGGUUACUCAGGAUGACCACCUCUUCACAGUGUACUUUGACAUAGCCAAACUUUCCCUGGGAGAGGAAGUCUUCAUGCACUUCAAGUGUGAUUCACAGAGACGAGAGGAGUUGGAGGUGGGAUUUGCCUUGGAUAAUAUUUCAGGCCCUCCUGAAACCAUCAUUACUAAUGGAGUGCUAGUGUCUCGCAAAAUCUGCUGCUUAGAAGUUCAGGUGGUUGAGAAGAAGAAGAAGAAAAAAAAGGAGAAGAAAUCAAAAAAAGAAUUCUCCUUUAAAGUGCAAGGCUCUUAUGAAGGCACCCAGGACAUUGUGCUGGGAUCUAAUCUGGUCUUCAGCUCUUCCUCUCCUGCCAAAUUCCACUAUGCCAGAUACAAGCAGCCAAUGCUGGAUGUUACACUACCAGGGAAGAAAGGACAUCCCUCCUCACACUCAUGUGUGUAUGAUACAGGCUUUCCAAAUGUGGAACUUCAUUCCAUUCCAAGUGGAAAAAACAUGAUCUUAGCAGAGGAUAAAAGAUUCGGUUUAUAUGCGAAGGCAGAAGACUGCCCAGACCACCUUGAUGUGCGUUUAGGAUUUGACCUCUGCAUACAGGAGCAAGACUUUCUCUGCAAAAGGAAAAAUUAUGUUAUUCCUGCUCUUAAGAAGAUUCUGCAGCUGGAAGAGGAUCUGCUGGACCAUGAGAGCCCGGUGGUGGCCAUCAUGACCACGGGAGGAGGGAUGAGAUCCUUGACCGCACUCUAUGGCAGCCUGAGGGGGCUCAAGAAGCUCAAUGUCCUGGACUGUGCCACCUACCUGACUGGCUUGUCUGGUACUACAUGGACCAUGUCAAACUUGUACAGAGAUGCUGACUGGUCACAAAAGGAUCUCGACAAGCAAAUCAGUGAGGCUCGAAAACAUAUGACAAAAUGCAAAAUAAAUUCCUUUUCCUUGGAAUAUUUGAAGUAUUACAAAAAGCAGCUGUCCCAGCGGAAAAGAGAGGGCCGCAAAACGUCCUUUAUAGAUCUCUGGGGGCUUGUCCUGGAAUCUUUUUUGCAUGAUGGGAAAGACAACCACAGACUCUCUGAUCAGCAACAGGCCAUUGAUCGUGGUCAGAACCCACUUCCUAUCUACACUGCAGUCAAUGUCAAGAACAACUACAGCACUCUGGAUUUCAAAGAAUGGGUGGAGUUCACCCCAUAUGAGGUGGGACUGCAAAAAUAUGGAGUUUUUGUUCGCACUCAGGAUUUUGGCAGUGAGUUCUUCAUGGGACGAUUGAUGAAGAAGGUCCCUGAAUCCAGGAUCUGCUUCUUGGAAGGCAUAUGGAGCAGUUUAUUUUCAUUCAAUGUGUUAUAUAUCUGGAAUUUGUCCCAUUCAUCAGAAGAUUUCUGGCACAGGUGGACCCGGGACCAUAUUGACAAUAUAGAGGAGGAGCCCGCGCUGCGGGUGCAGCCGCAGGAGCUGCGGACGCGGCUGCAGACGCCGGCCGGGCCCCUGGGCAGCGCCCUGCGCGCCGCCCUGACCGACCGCGGCUGCAUCGCCCAGGAGCACAACUUCCUCCGGGGCCUCCAGAUGCACAGCCGCUACCUGGAGAACACGCACUUCUGCAGGUGGAAAGAUACUGUGUUAGACACAUUUCCCAACCAGCUGACACAAUCAGAUGAAUUCCUGUCUCUGGUAGAUACUGGAUUUUUCAUCAAUACAAGCAUCAUGCCACUUUUAAAACCAGAGAGAAAGGUGGAUGUCAUCCUGCAUUUAAAUUACAGUGCAGGAUCCCAGAUACAGGCUUUGGACCAGACCUGCAAGUACUGCUCUGAGCAGGGAAUAAUUUUUCCCAAGGUGGACUUGAGUGAAGAAGACAGGAAAAAUCUGAAGGAGUGUUACCUCUUUGAUGGUGCUGAGACUCCAGGAGCACCAGUACUGCUAUUUUUCCCACUAGUUAACGAUACCUUCCAAGAAUACAAAGCACCAGGUCAGAAGCGCUCAGAGUCAGAGAUGGAAGAUGGCAAAGUUGAUCUCUAUGGGUGCUGUUCCCCAUAUUCCACGUAUUCCCUUCGGUACACGGAGAAGGAGUACGACUGCCUGGUUCAGCUGGGUGAAUACAACAUCCUCAAUAACGAGGACCUCAUUAUACAGGCCUUGCGCACAGCAGUGGCGCGGAAAAGGCAGAUGAAGAAAUAAUGUCAGACAAGGCAGGGUGCUUUUAAAUCCCUUAACCUGCUGAGAGACUGAAGGUCUUUUCUAUUAGCCAGCAGACUCCAAAGCAUUCCUGCUCAAUCCCACUAAAUGGUAAUCUCAGGUGAACAAAAAAGACUGAAAAAAAACUUUUUCUCCGAAGAAUUUCACUGCAGAAAUCUUUGCAAUUCAGUUAAACAGUGGAGUACGAAUUGUUGUAUGGUACAGAGGAUGGGCAGCCACAAAGAAGAAGGUGCUAAAAUGAUAAUAAACAUGGUGCUCGUUGCCCUGAGAAAGAGCUUUCAGUGUUUAAGCCUGACAUCUUCAGGGCAGACCACAUUAAAAGCAUAUUUUAAUAAC